AUGACAGGAUUCUUCAAAGCUGAGUCAAUAAAGAGGCUUCAAAAUGUGACUCAAACAGGGAUUGAGUGGGGUCAUCGCAACAUUCUUCUCUAUCCAUGCAUUGUCUCAGUGAGAAACUGGAUUGGAAACUACUGCUACUUUUCCGAGGCUACUAAUCGUAUCCGAGUUCUGGUUUUCAGCCAUAGCUUCAUAAACCACGCGUUAGUGUAUAUCUUGAUAACGUACCUCACGGAUAAUUGGAGUACUACACAUUUUGAAAUGGCUGCCCUAGUUACAAAUGCUCAAGAAGGGGUAUCGGGCAUCAUGGUGAUUGUUCUUGCUCAUAUAUCAGGCACACACAUGGCUCGUUUUAAAACGAUUGCGUCCACAAAUGCUGCUUAUUUUCUUGGACUGCUUCUAUUGUGGAUUUGUUCUCAGUUUAUGAGCACACAUACUGAGGCUAAGGUCUACUAUGGAGCAGCGCCACUGAUAGUAUUAGGGGAAGCUGGUCGAUCGGCUACCUUGCAGGAAUUUCUUGAGGAUCAAUAUUUUAGUGAACAGAAAGAAAGAACGUCCAGAGAAGAAAAUUAUUUAAAACGACUGGAAACUCGUAAAGAAGCUUUGUGGCACCAUCCCUGGUUUUUAGGUGCAUUGUUAGCUGUUUUACUUCCAACUGGGUCCUGGAAAAUUACGUUCAUGAUUUCAGCAAUUUUAGUGGGAGUCGCUAGUUUUGUGUUCUUGUAUGGCUACUCCUGUUACUUCGUAAGCAGAAGAAUUGACGAAUCUACUUGGAAAGCUCGUCAGGACUAUCUUCAAAUAGAACAAAAACAAAGAGGAGGAGGAGAGAUUUGCAUAGUCACAAGAGGGACCUCGUCCUCCUCGUAUUCACCAGAAGAAGCACAAAGAAAAAAGUUUUGGCCACUCAUAAAACUGAAGGACGAAAAGGGUUUUUUCACAGAAGUGAUAGCUAUGUGGUCGGCCUUCUUCUCGUACAGUUUGGUGGAGGCAACAGGGAGCACCUUCUUUUUUGAACAAAUGAGUAAUUUGGAUAGCAAGAUUGGGUCAAUCGAGUUCCUUCAAUUAUAUUUCACCGUACUUAGGGGCUUCUCAAGUUUCUUAAUCUCAUUUUUGUACAAGUUACUGAUUCCAAAGCACUGGAGAAAGGCUACGGGUACGCUUACGCUGGUGAGAAUUGGCUGCGGAUUGGCUUGUUCUGUGCUAUGUUGCGUUGCUGCUUGGCCGGGUGGGGGAAAGAGGUUGAAGGCAAUUAGCAAUGAAGAAGGGCUUGAAGAUGACUCGUCUAAGACUAUUCCUAUGAGCAUUUCGUGGUUACUUCCACAGUUCUUCCUGUUGGGAGUAAUGGAUGGGCUAGCCCUAAAAGGAUUGACUGAUUUCCUUGCUGAUCGAAUUGUUAACAAUGAUGCACUAAGGGCCACUUAUUAUGCAUCCCACAUCUCUGACCUCAUCCUUGGUGUUGGAAAAUUAAUUACAGCUUCUACCAUAAUAUUGUUUAGGCGAAGUUGGUUCCGUCACAACAUAAAUGAGAGUCGCCUGGAUCGUUUUUUGGAGCUAUUGACUUACCUAAGUCUUGUUAACCUAAUUUAUUACUUGUGCAUCUCCUCGUACUUUUAUUGCAAUGACAAAUCACGAAAAUCUGCCAACAAUGGAAAUGAACAGGGGAUUGAUGCUCAUGAGAAUUGUGACGUUGAGGCCCCAGACCCCGUCGGUGGUGUGGACUUGGAAAACAAACCAACCACAGUGGAAAAGGCAGAGCAGGAGAUCGAUGAAGAUGACAACGACAAGGAGGUUUACCUUAGGGGUAUUGUGGACUUCGGAAACCACCAAAGCGCUCAAGAAGUGGAGUUACAAAAACAGUGA